UGUGAGUCAGAAUUGACUCAACGGCAACAGGUUUUUUCAUUUAGGGAGCCCUGGCAGCUGCUAACCAAAAGAUGGGCAGUUCAAAUCCACCAGCUGCUCCUUAGAAACCCUGUGGGGCGGUUAUAGGCUUGCUAUGUGUCGGAAUCAACUCGAUGGCAACUGGUUUGGUCUUGGUUUAAGUGUUGUAGAUACAGCAAGACUUAAUACGGUUUGGUUUUUUAGUUUUACUGAACCAGGCACAGUAGUUGGUGCAGUGAGCAAAACUUCUUGCCCUUUUUGACGUUCCAGUAAGGAGAGACAGACAAUGAACAAAUAAGUAAAAUAUAUAGAAUGACAGUUGCUGAUAAGAGCUAUGGGGAAAAAUAGAGCACAAAGCUGGGGAAAGAGAUAGGGAGCUGCAGGAAAGGGGUUGCUAUUUUAACAGGAGCAGUAAGGGAAAACCUCACUGAAGAAAGGGCAUUUGAGCUGUGACCUGGGGGAGGUAAGGGAGCAGGCCCUGCAGCUCUUGUUCCAGGCAGAGGGAGUGGCUGACGCAUGCGUUGUGUGCUGAGGAACAACAGCAAAGAGGCUAAUAUGACGGAGUGGAGUGAGAAAGACGAAGAGUCAUAGGAUUAGUAUUAUUUCACAUUAGCUGCUCUGUAUCAACACCCUUGAGCUUUCUUUUCCCUUAACAUGUAUUUAUUGAGUGCCUACUAUGAGCCAGAGGUCCCUGGUGGCAUAAACUGUUUACACUUGACUAUUAACCUAAAGGUUCAAACCCACCCAGCAACACUGUGGAAGAAAGGCCUGGCGAUCUGCUUCUGUGAAGAUUCCAAACAAACAAAAAAAACAAACAAGCCCAUUACCAUCGAGUCGAUUCUGACUCAUAGCAACCCUAUAGGACACAGUAGAACUGCCCCAUAGGGUUUCCAAGGAGCGCCUGGUAGAAUUGAACUGACGACCUUUUGGUUAGCAGCCGUAGCUCUUAACCACUAUGCCACCAGGGUUACCUCUAUAAAGAUUACAACCAAGAAAAUCCUGUGGAGCCGUUCUCUGUCAUGAGUUGGAAUUGACUCAGUGGCAAUGGGUUUGGUUUUUUGGUUUUGCUGAGCCAGGCGCAGUAGUUGGUGCUAGGAAUUCAAGAGCUCGACAAAACAGAUAUUACCCUACCGUCAUAAAGCUCAUAGUCAUGGGGCAGAGACAUUAAGCAAGGAAUUACUUAAUUAUAAUUGUGAGAAGUACUGUGGAAGAAAUAUACAGAGGGUAAAACAGGGGACCAAAGUUAUUCUGGGUGGGGGAGCAGGGAAAUUUUCCUUGAGGAAGUGACAUUUAAGCUGUGACCUGAGGGAGAAGUUGACUUUAGCUUGGUGAAGUUUGCGUAGUGUGUGUGUGUGAUUGGUAAGGAUGUGGAAAGAGAUUCCCUUUUGUACAGAGGUCUCUGACUGGAAGCUCACAGGCUGAAUUCAUUCUGCAGACCGGACUUAUUGGGCCCAAAGUGCUGAAGAAAAAUGUGUUAGUUACCAACACUUACAAAUCAGGAAAUGUCGUGUUAAAAUCUAGAAUUUUUUUCAGCUAUUGAAAAAUGAGAAGACCAGACCCGCAUGGGAUGCCAGUGUCAACAACCUGCUGGUGCUGGGUGGUGUUUGCCCUACUGCUCAGAUGCGAACUCUCUGGUUCUUCCCAGUUCUCCUGAACCUUACAUGGGCUGCUUCACUCACUGACAUAGGCACUUGAGUUUGUGAUCCCCCAGAAAUCAGUGGUUUAUAGGGAAACAGUGAAUUUCUAAGUGGCUUUGGAGUCACACAGAUCUGGGUGGGAACCUUGGUCCUCCCACUUUUGUGGCUGCUUGAUCUUGGGCAAGUUAUUUUACCUCCCUAUGUCUCAGGUUCCUCUCCCAUUGACUGGAGACACCAUCGUCUAUCUCAGAGUAGUUUUAUGAGGAUGGUGUAUAUGAAGCACUUAGCUUGGCAGUAGGAAGUGCUCAGUUAAUGAUAGCUGCUGCUGGUGGCGGCAGUUGCCGCGAUGGUGGUAUUAAUACCAUCUCCUUCCUUUCCUCCCAGCAGCAUGUCGUGGUUUAGUGGCCUCCUGGUUCCCAAAGUGGAUGAACGGAAAACAGCCUGGGGUGAACGCAAUGGGCAAAAGCGUCCGCGCCGCGGGACACGGACCAGUGGCCUCUGCACGCCCCACUAUAUGAGCUGCCUCCAGGAUGCAGAGCCUCCCAGCCCUACUCCUGCAGCUCCCCCUCGGUGCCCCUGGCAGGAAGAAGGCUUCAUCCGCAGGGGUGGCCCAGGCAAGGGCACAGAGCUGGGGCUGCGGGCGGUGGCCCUGGGCUUUGAGGACACAGAGGCAACAGUGGCGGUAGGGGUGGCCGAGCUGGCGCCCAACAUGGUGCCGAGGAGCAAGGGAUCCUGCUGGCACCGUCUGGUGCAGGUAUUCCAGUCAAAGCAGUUCCGCUCUGCCAAACUGGAGCGCCUGUACCAGCGGUACUUCUUCCAGAUGAACCAGAGCAGCCUGACGCUGCUGAUGGCGGUGCUGGUACUGCUCACGGCUGUGCUGCUGGCCUUCCACGCCGUGCCUGCCCGCCCUCAGCCUGCCUACGUGGCCCUGCUGGCCUGUGCUGCCACCCUCUUCGUGGCUCUCAUGGUGGUGUGUAACCGACAUAGCUUUCGCCAGGACUCCAUGUGGGUGGUGAGCUACGUGGUGCUAGGCAUCCUGGCAGCUGUGCAGGUUGGGGGGGCCCUGGCAGCCACCCCUCACAGCCCCUCUGUAGGCCUCUGGUGCCCUGUGUUCUUUGUCUACAUCACCUACACGCUCCUACCCAUCCGCAUGAGGGCGGCCGUCUUCAGUGGCCUGGGUCUCUCCACCCUGCAUUUGAUCUUGGCCUGGCAACUCAACCGUGGAGAUGCCUUCCUCUGGAAGCAGCUCGGUGCCAACGUACUGCUUUUCCUCUGCACCAAUGUCAUUGGCAUCUGCACACACUACCCGGCUGAGGUGUCUCAGCGCCAGGCCUUUCAGGAGACCCGUGGCUACAUCCAGGCCCGGCUGCACCUGCAGCAUGAGAAUCGGCAGCAGGAGCGGCUGCUGCUGUCAGUGUUGCCCCAGCAUGUUGCCAUGGAGAUGAAAGAAGACAUCAACACUAAAAAAGAAGACAUGAUGUUCCACAAGAUCUACAUCCAGAAGCAUGACAACGUCAGCAUACUGUUUGCUGACAUCGAAGGCUUCACCGGCUUGGCCUCCCAGUGCACCGCACAAGAGCUGGUCAUGACCCUGAAUGAGCUCUUCGCCCGCUUUGACAAGCUGGCCGCGGAAAAUCAUUGCCUGAGGAUCAAGAUUUUAGGGGAUUGCUACUACUGUGUGUCAGGGCUGCCGGAGGCCCGGGCAGACCAUGCCCACUGCUGUGUGGAGAUGGGAAUGGACAUGAUCGAGGCCAUCUCGCUGGUGCGCGAAGUGACAGGUGUGAAUGUGAAUAUGCGCGUGGGCAUCCACAGUGGGCGUGUGCACUGCGGUGUCCUCGGCCUUCGGAAAUGGCAGUUUGAUGUGUGGUCCAAUGAUGUGACCCUGGCCAACCACAUGGAGGCCGGGGGCCGGGCCGGCCGCAUCCACAUCACUCGGGCCACGCUGGAGUACCUGAAUGGGGACUACGAGGUGGAGUUGGGCCGAGGUGGGGAGCGCAACGCAUACCUCAAGGAGCAGCACAUUGAGACCUUCCUCAUCCUGGGCGCCAGCCAGAAGCGGAAAGAGGAGAAGGCCAUGCUGGCCAAGUUGCAACGGACACGGGCCAACUCCAUGGAGGGGCUGAUGCCACGCUGGGUGCCCGACCGUGCCUUUUCCCGUACCAAGGACUCCAAAGCUUUCCGCCAGAUGGGCAUUGAUGAUUCCAGCAAAGACAACCGGGGUGCCCAAGACGCCCUGAACCCCGAGGAUGAGGUAGACGAGUUCCUGGGCCGUGCCAUUGAUGCACGUAGCAUUGACCAGCUCCGCAAGGACCACGUGCGCCGGUUCCUGCUCACCUUCCAGAGAGAAGACCUUGAGAAGAAGUACUCGCGGAAGGUGGAUCCCCGCUUCGGAGCCUACGUUGCCUGUGCCUUGUUGGUCUUCUGCUUUAUCUGCUUCAUCCAGCUCCUCGUCUUCCCACACUCAACCCUGAUGCUUGGGAUCUAUGCCAGUACCUUCCUGCUGUUGCUGAUCACUGUGCUGACCUGUGCUGUGUACUCUUGUGGUUCACUGUUCCCUAAGGCCCUGCAACAUCUGUCCCGCAAUAUCGUCCGCUCUCGGGCACACAGCACUGCGGUUGGCAUCUUUUCAGUUCUGCUUGUCUUCACCUCUGCCACUGCCAACAUGUUCACCUGUAACCACACCCCCAUCCGGACCUGUGCAGCCCGGAUGCUGAAUUUAACACCUGCCGACAUCACCGCCUGCCACCUGCAGCAGCUCAAUUACUCUCUGGGCCUGGAUGCUCCCCUGUGUGAGGGCACCGCACCUACCUGCAACUUCCCCGAGUACUUCGUUGGAAACAUGCUACUGAGUCUCUUGGCCAGCUCUGUCUUCCUACAUAUCAGCAGCAUCGGGAAGUUGGCCAUGAUCCUUGUCCUGGGGCUCAUCUAUUUGGUGCUGCUUCUGCUGGGUCCCCCGGCCACCAUCUUUGACAACUAUGACCUACUGCUUGGUGUCCAUGGCUUAGCUUCUUCCAACGAGACCUUCGAUGGGCUAGACUGCCCAGCUCCCGGGAGGGUGGCACUCAAGUAUAUGACCCCUGUGAUUCUGCUGGUGUUUGCCCUGGCGCUCUAUCUGCAUGCCCAGCAGGUGGAGUCAACUGCCCGCUUGGACUUCCUCUGGAAACUGCAGGCAACAGGGGAGAAGGAGGAGAUGGAAGAGCUCCAGGCCUACAACCGGCGACUGCUGCACAACAUCCUGCCCAAGGAUGUGGCCGCCCACUUUCUGGCCCGCGAGCGCCGGAAUGAUGAGCUUUACUAUCAGUCCUGUGAGUGUGUGGCUGUCAUGUUUGCUUCCAUCGCCAACUUCUCUGAGUUUUAUGUGGAGCUGGAGGCAAACAACGAGGGCGUAGAGUGCCUACGGCUGCUCAACGAGAUCAUCGCGGACUUUGAUGAGAUCAUCAGUGAGGAGCGGUUCCGGCAGCUGGAGAAAAUCAAGACAAUUGGCAGCACCUACAUGGCUGCCUCGGGGCUGAACGCCAGCACCUACGAUCAGGUGGGCCGCUCCCACAUCACUGCCCUUGCCGACUAUGCCAUGCGGCUCAUGGAGCAGAUGAAGCACAUCAAUGAGCACUCCUUCAACAAUUUCCAGAUGAAGAUUGGACUGAACAUGGGCCCAGUCGUAGCAGGUGUCAUUGGGGCUCGGAAGCCGCAGUAUGACAUCUGGGGGAACACAGUGAAUGUCUCUAGCCGUAUGGACAGCACAGGGGUUCCUGACCGAAUCCAGGUGACCACGGACCUGUACCAGGUUUUAGCCUCCAAGGGCUACCAGCUGGAGUGUCGAGGGGUGGUCAAGGUGAAGGGCAAGGGGGAGAUGACCACCUACUUCCUCAAUGGGGGCCCCAGCAGUUAGCAGGGCCCUGCUGCAAAUUCAGCGGAAGGGACCAAGGUGGGCAUUGAGCAGGCUCUGUGCUUGCUGGUGCAGCCAUGGCAGGGGCCCUGGACCUUCUGACUCUGCCAACCACAGAAGGGAAAACCACAGCCAGCUGUGCUCGGACCACGUUCAUCUGCCCUCAGCCUGGUGAGCGAGGGGAUACCAAGAGGAUUAUGCAAGUGACUUUCUUUUUUAACUGGGGCAGGGCUGUCCCUUCUCCUUUCUUCCAGUUUUUGGGGGCAGGAGCAGGUGGAAGUAGAGGCAGAGGGAGCCCUCCUCUCUGAGAGAUUGAUUAAAAUGGCAGCUUGCCAUGCCUGCCCCUCCCCUGUCUGGGCAACAGGCUCAGGGCUGGGCCCUUCCUUUCCCUCUUUUUUCUGGGAAUAUUUUGUACAAAGUCUAGGGCAGGCAUGAGGAGUGCCUAUUCCAUGCUUGCCUUUGCUAUGCCUGCGACCCCCGCACCUGUCCUGGGCACCCCCACCCCAGCCAGGUCUCCUCCCUAGCUGCUAUGCAUAGGCAGAGAAGGGAGAGGCUCUGGGGACCCAGCUCUGCCCAUAUUUCAGAGGAAUGUUUCUAUUUGCCAAAUCCUAGUCCCAUGAUCUAUCCCCAAAGGGGAACAAAGGGACCUUGGACAGCUCUGAUUUAGCCCCAGUUCCCGCAUGGCUCCAGGGAAAGGGGCGUCUGGCCUCAUUGGUACUGUGAAAAUGCCUGGCCAGAGAGCCAGGGCAUGUGUAGGGAUGUCAGAAGAUCAGGAGCUGGAAGUUUGCCUGCAGGUGCCAAAGAGAGCAGGCUAGCUGGGGAGCAGGGUGGUGCCAGCUCUGAUGGGCCUGGCACAGUCAGGAUCAGGGCACUCUGCCCCAGCUACUUGCUGUCUGCUGGCACGGGGGCACAGAGCAUCUCUACCCCUUCCAUUGCCAAACAGAAAAGGGUCAGGGCAUGGAGGAAGAUGACCCUGUUCCCAAACCUGUCCUCCCCAGUCUGGCUCUGGGAAAGGCCUGUGUGUUUGUGUAUCUGUGCGUGCAUGUUGGUCUUUGUGUGUGUAUCUGUUUUCCAGGUCUGUGUGUGUCCUUGUGCUCCUGCUCCUCAGCCAUCCACCCGGUUGCCUCUCUCCUGUGGGCCUCUGUCUUCUGGGAAUAAAGCAGGGAUCCCUUUUUCGAGGGAUAGAGGGAGAUGCCCAGGUUGCACAGGAGUGGGAUGGGGUGUGGUAGCAAAAGGAGGGUGGCCCUGGGGAGAGGAGUCCUUUUUGUGCCAAAUCCCUAAGUGCCGUUUGGGGGCCACAUGUGCAGCAUGACUGUCUCCCUGUCUGGGGCAGGAACCCAAGCGCCUGCUUCAGCCCCAGAGUUCCAUGCACUUGAACUGCCUGGGGUUUGGUGAGCAGAGGCUCAGGAACUUCCUGGGUUCCCCAGCUUGUGUCUGGGGAUGUGGCAUGCUUUGGGACUGAGGUAGCAUGGGAUCCCUCUGUGGACCCAGAUAUUGGUACUAGGGGAUAGGCAGAGAAAGCUUGAACUUUGCCUUCCCCAGCCUUCAGCCUGAGUCUAGCAUUUCCCCAGCGCCCCAGUUGAAGCCUGGAAAGGCUAGGAGGUUGGAUUCUAGAGUUCCUUCCUAUCCUUGCCUCCCGUUUACUACUUUCCCUGAAACCUCCUUGACUCUGGCCUGAAUUAAGUUGGUGCCUUGGUUUCUCUGUCUGUAUCUAUUUAAGCCAGAGGCAUUAGCCUAGUUUUUGCCUGGAGAUCGCUUUGUCUUGGAGGUGACUAGAGAGGCAGAGGAGAGGGUCCCCAGAGUUGCAGGGUUUGGGGAAUGGAAAGGUAUGGUGGCUCUCCUGCCCUUCCUCAUGCCCCUUCUGACUCUAGCUCCCUGCAGAGGCCUGGUUUCUGGCUGUGUAAUGCCUGCCUUGGGGGGUCUUUGUGCAUCAAUUGAUGGGGCAUUAGGCACUUCAUUGGUCAAGGCAGAAGGAGGGGAAAAAACUAGUUGGUCCAGAGAGAAAAUCAGCUCUCCUUCCCCCAGCCAUAUCCCUGGAUAGGAAGGGACUGCUUGGUGCCGUGAGGGGAGUAAGUAGACUAUAGUGGGAAGACCUCAGCCUUGGGUGACUUGUCUUUGCUUCUUGCCAGGUGGGAGGGGCCUGUCCACACCCUGGCUCCCCAUACCACAGUGCCAGCCAUGCCCUUCUCCUGGGCUACCACUGCCCUCUCCCUCACCAGUAGGUGGGAGUCAGGGGAGGGGAGGCCCAUGGGCUUUGGUUUUAUAAUGUAACCACUGUGGGAGGGGGGAGGGUGGUGUACUAUGUAUUUCAGUGAAAUAUUUAAUAUAUUUAAAUAUUAAUAAAAUCAAACUCUUUGUAAAAUUCCCUGUUCUCUGCAGCUGUUCUGGGCCCCAGGUUGGGUCAGAAGUGGUAGAGCCUAGAGCAAAAGGUAGCCUCUAGCCCCAGGGCUCUGUGGGUGUUUCUUGUCUGUUGUCAGAGGU